AUGGAACUUCCUCAGCUAGGUGAACAUUGUUCUGUCAAAACAUGCAAUCGAUUAGAUUUUCUACCUAUGAAAUGUGAUUCAUGUAGUUCUAUUUUUUGUAAAGAUCAUAUAAAAUACGACGAACAUCAAUGUCCAUUAUCGUUUCGUAAAAAUGUUCAAAUACCAAUUUGUCCUCUAUGUAAUCAAGCUGUUCCAUAUGAAUAUCGUGAUCAAUCACCUGAUCGUCUUGUAUCUGCUCAUAUAGAUCGUGAUUGUAAAUCUGAUCCAGCAUUAAAAAAACGUGCAAAAGUUUAUACAAAUAAAUGCUCUGUUUCAUCAUGUAAACAACGUGAAGCGAUUCAAGUUAAAUGUGAGAAAUGUUUAAAAACAUUUUGUUUACGACAUCGAUUUCCUGAUGAUCAUAAAUGCCAAAGAUUAGAAAAUCAGCAUAAUGAAGAUGCUUCAAUUGCAUUAGCAAUGAAAUUAUCAUCAAACCAAAAAACUCAAGAAGAAAAUGAUUAUCUUUUAGCAAAAGCUUUACAAGAAAGUGAACGAGAAGAAGCUCAACGACGUCGAACCACUGUAAGUAUUAAGAUUAAAGUAUUCGUUUAG